AUUUUCAGAAGCUGAAGCAACUUCAUUUGCAUGAAAGAAAACAUAUAUAUCAGUUAAUCCAUACAAGUUAGAGGAAGAGCCAAGACAUACACGUACGCAAACACCCUACACCCCACAGGGCCCUGCAACCAAACAUGGCUUUUGAACUUUCAUUCCUCCCAAUCCCAUCUUUUCUUUUCUGCCCUAUUUGAUUCUGAAAAAAGUAUUUUUGGAGGCCAUUUUAGUAAUUUACCUCUUUUAAAGCUUUUGAUCUGAUCCAACGGCAUAUGGUUUUGCAUCUUUAUGCAAACAUUGCUUUUGCUUUUUCUUUUUCUUUAAUAUAUAUAUGUAAUAUGGUUUUAUUUGUGUUGCUCUCUUUUUCUAAAGUUAAAGAUGAAUCCCAUGUAUACAAUACCCCAGGCCAGGCAGAGAGAACAAAAGAGAUGGCCUUGGGUUUGGAUGCUGCUGCUAAUGCGCAACAUUGCGGCUCCUAUAAAAUUCAAUUCCUCGAAACAUACUAGAAUAUAGAGAUUGUGAGCAAUUUGAAGUCCCAUGGGUGCAGCAGCUUGGCAUAUGAAGUUGUUCACACUUAAACUUGUGCUGGUCCUCCUUCCUUGUGUGCUCUCCCACUCAGUGUCCCUCAAGGCACAAGCUUCUGUUCUGGUUUCCAUCAAACAGAAUUUCGAUGAAGCCAGUGCCAUUUCGACACUCCUGGACUGGAACGUUUCAAAUUACUCAAGCCUCUGCCGUUGGACUGGAAUUCAAUGCGAUGGCAUUGGCAUGAAGAGAACAGUAGUGUCGCUGGAUAUUUCCAAUUCCAACAUCUCCGGGAGCUUCCCCCCUCUAAUUCACAAGCUAAUCAACCUUCGCUUUCUCAACAUUUCCAAUAAUCAGUUCAGGGGACAACUCGACUGGGAGUAUUCUCAGUUGAAACUGUUGCAGGUAUUUGAUGCUUAUAACAACAAUUUCAAUGGCUCCCUCCCCACACGCCUCCCUCAACUUCCCAGUCUAAAGCACUUAAAUCUUGGCGGGAAUUACUUCACCGGUCGAAUCCCACCAAGCUAUGGUGAUAUGGGGGAGCUCACUUAUCUUUCCCUUGCCGGCAAUGACUUGGGCGGUCCCAUUCCCCCUCAGCUCGGUAAUCUUACCAAUCUCCACCACCUUUAUUUGGGAUACUUCAACCAGUUUGAGGGUGGGAUACCGUCUCAACUCGGACAACUAGUCAAUUUGAAUCAUCUCGACCUUGCGAGUUGUGGUUUACAAGGUCCAAUCCCACACGGGUUGGGGAAUCUCAACAACUUGGACACUCUGUUCUUGCAGACAAAUCAGCUGACCGGUUCAGUUCCUCCCCAGUUGGGCAACUUGAGCGCCUUGAUUUCCCUUGACCUCUCCAACAACCAGUUAACAGGAGAGAUCCCCCUUGAAUUUGCAAACCUCCGCCAGCUUUCGCUCCUCAACUUGUUUAUGAACAAGUUCCACGGGGAGAUCCCUGAUGUUGUAGCCCAUCUUCCGGGGUUGGAGGUUUUGAAGCUGUGGCAAAAUAACUUCACAGGAGCCAUUCCGUCAAAGCUGGGUGAGAAUGGGAGACUCACGGAGGUGGACUUGUCGAGCAACAAGCUCACUGGGCUGGUCCCGGAGCGUCUGUGCUUGGGAGGAAGGCUGAAGAUCUUAAUUUUACUCAACAAUUUUCUGUUUGGGGGUGUGCCAGGUGAUCUAGGGCGAUGCCAGACGCUAGUAAGAGUUCGGAUGGGUCAGAAUUAUUUGACGGGAACAAUCCCAGAGGGGCUGCUUUACUCGCCACAACUCUCCCUCAUGGAAUUGCAGAACAACUACCUGAGCGGACCCCUUCCACAAGACAUGCGCCAACUCCCUUCCAAACUCGGCCGCCUGAACCUCUCCAACAAUCGCUUUUGUGGAUCCCUUCCCAUUUCCAUCGGCAACUUCACAAACCUCCAGAUUCUGCUUUUGAGUGGAAACCGUUUCUCUGGGAACAUUCCUCCUGAAAUUGGCAAACUGCGAAAUCUUCUCAAGCUAGACAUGAGCAGAAACAACUUAUCCGGUUCAAUCCCUCCUGAGUUGAGUAGUUGUGUGUCCCUCACUUACCUGGAUUUGAGCCUCAAUCACCUAACUUCCCCAAUCCCAGUUCAAAUCUCACAAAUUCGCAUCUUAAAUUAUCUAAACUUGUCUUGGAACCAUCUUACCCACAGCCUUCCCAAGGAAAUUGGGUCCAUAAAGAGCUUGACCUGUGCCGACUUCUCCUACAAUAACUUGUCCGGUCCCAUACCCGAAACUGGGCAGUUUCUACUCUUCAAUUCCACAUCCUUCGUGGGCAACCCUCAACUGUGUGGAUUCUCGUUGAAUCCCUGCAACGACUCGGCAUCCAAGUCUCAAACCCCAACAAGCGCCAAUUCGAACAAAGGUGCUGGGAAAUAUAAGCUUGUGUUCGCGUUGGGGCUAUUGAUGUGUUCAGUAAUAUUUGCAGCUCUGGCAAUUGUUCAGACAAGGAAAGCGAAAAAGAAAUCAAGUUCGUGGAAGCUAGCAGCAUUCCAGAAGCUGGAAUUUGGAUGCAAGGACAUCACAGAGUGCGUAAAAGAAAACAACAUAAUUGGAAAAGGAGGAGCUGGUAUUGUGUACAAAGGAAUCAUGCCAAGCGGGGAACAAGUAGCCAUAAAAAAGCUGUUGGCCAUAACCAAGGGCUCCUCCCAUGACAACGGCCUGUCCGCGGAGAUACGGACGCUGGGCAAAAUCCGGCAUAGGAACAUCGUGAGAUUGCUUGCAUUUUGCUCCAAUAAGCAGACGAAUCUGCUGGUAUACGAGUACAUGCCUAAUGGAAGUUUAGGAGAAGUUCUCCACGGGAAGAGGGGGGGUUCUCUAAAAUGGGGAACCAGGCUGAAGAUAGCCAUAGAAGCCGCCAAAGGGCUUUGCUAUUUGCACCAUGACUGCUCCCCGCUCAUAAUUCACAGGGACGUCAAGUCCAACAACAUUUUGCUCGACUCAGAUUUCGAGGCUCAUGUAGCUGACUUCGGUUUGGCCAAGUUCUUGCAAGACAAUGGAACAUCGGAGUGCAUGUCUGCAAUAGCCGGCUCCUACGGCUAUAUUGCUCCAGAAUAUGCAUACACAUUAAAAGUGGACGAAAAAACUGAUGUUUAUAGUUUUGGAGUGGUGCUACUGGAGCUGAUAACAGGGCGGAAGCCAGUGGGCAAUUUCGGAGAAGAUGGCUUGGACAUUGUCCAGUGGGCUAGGAUUCAAACCAAUUCCACCAAAGAAGGUGUUGUUAAGAUAUUGGAUCAAAGGUUAAGUAACAUACCAAUUAAUGAAGCGAAGCAUAUUUUCUUUGUUGCUAUGUUAUGCGUUCAAGAACACAGCGUGGAGCGGCCAACAAUGAGAGAAGUGGUUCAAAUGCUUGCACAAGCCCAACAAUCUAAUACCUUUCACAUGCAUUGACCUUACCCACACAAUAGCCAAUGUUGGAUUGAAGUUUUAAUUCUAUUCUACUUGAGGUGCCAACUUACUCAUAGUUCAUCGGUGAGGCAACAGAUGAAAGAGCAUCCAUAAUCUACUUUAUUCUAAAUAGGUAUUGUCGUUGUAUGAUAUUAAGUGGAGUUUUGUUCAAAGAUGAUGUAUUGAUGAAAGUUCUUCAUUUUCUUCUUUUCU